AUCACUGAGCUGCUGAGCGGAGAGGUUCCUAUAAGGUGUCAGGAUGUCGCUGUCUAUUUCUCCAUGGAGGAGUGGGAGUAUUUAGAAGGACACAAGGAUCUGUACAAGGACGUCAUGAUGGAGAAUCACCAGUCCCUCACAUCACCGGGUGAAGAUAGGAUGAGCCACUCCCAUGGACAUCUCCGUUUAUCUCCCUAUCAUGAAGUAGAAGAUAAUAAUACCACAGAAGAUAAUUCAAUAACUCCUAAUGUACCCUUAGUCCUUCACAAUGGAGAUCUGUCCACCGAUACCGCUGGUCUCAAGAAACCUUUAUCAAAUCUGGUUGGCAAAACAAGAAUGAAACAGAAAGGCGGGAAAAUAUUUCCAUGUGAGAAACAUUUUAAAAAGAAAUCUAAUCUUUUCUUGCAUCAGAGAAAUCAUGAAGCUAAAAGGCCAUUUUCAUGCUCUGAAUGUGGAAAAUGUUUUACUAGGAAAUUCCUUCUAGUUGCACAUCAGAGAAGUCACACAGGGGAGAAGCCUUUUUCAUGUCCUGAAUGUGGAAAAUGUUUUAGUCGGAAAUCAUAUCUUGUGAACCAUUUAAGAAUCCACUUAGGGGAGAUGCUAUUUUCAUGUACAGAAUGUGGCAAAUGUUUUAGUCAGAAAGCAAAUCUUGUGAGCCAUCUAAGAGUCCACCUAGCUGAGAAGCCAUUUUCAUGUUUAGAUUGUUGGAAAUGUUUUAGUAAGAGUUCAUUUCUUUUUUACCAUUGGAUCACUCACAACAGAGAGAAAACCCUUCCAUGUUCAGAAUUUGAAACAGGUUUUGCCCAUAACAUGGCUCUUCUCAAUCAUCCGAUAAAUCCCAAAAAAGAGAAGCCAUUUCUGUGUUCAGAAUGUGGGAAAUGUUUUAGUCACAAAAUGGAUUUUGUUAGACAUCAGAGAACUCACACAGGGGAGAAGCCAUUUUUAUGUCCUGAAUGUGACAAGUGCUUUAGUCGGAAAUCAUCUCUUGUGGAACAUGUCAAAAUUCACACAGGAGAGAGGCCAUAUUUAUGCUCAGAAUGUGGGAAGUGUUUUAGUCAAAAAUCAGACCUUGAGAGACACCAGAGAACUCACACAGGAGAGAAGCCAUUUUUAUGUCCUGAAUGUGGGAAAGCUUUCCGUCAGAAAUCAAAUCUUGGGGAACAUCUAAAAUUUCACACGGGGGAGAAGCCAUUUUCAUGCUCAGAAUGUGGAAAACGUUAUACCCUUAAAUCAAAUCUAGUUUAUCAUCUGAGAACUCACAAAAGAGAGAAGCCAUUUUCAUGCUCAGAAUGUGGGAAAUAUUUUAGUCAAAAAUUGGAUCUUGAUAGACAUCGGAGAACUCACACAGGUGAGAAACCAUUUUUAUGUCCUGAGUGCGGGAAAUGUUUUAGUUGGAAAUCAUCUCUUGCAGAGCAUCUAAGAAUUCACACAGGAGAGAAGCCGUUUUCAUGCUCAGAAUGUGGGAAAUGUUUUAGCCUGAGAUCAGGUCUUGCUACACAUCAGAAAACUCACACAGGAGAGAAGCCGUUUUCAUGCUCAGAAUGUGGGAAAUGUUUUAGCUUGAGAUCAGGUCUUGUUAGACAUCAGAGAACUCACACAGGAGAGAAACCAUUGUAAUGAUCAGAUAGAGAAACCAUUGUAAUGAUCAGAUAGAGAAUCCAUUGUAAUGAUCAGAUAGAGAAUCCAUUGUAAUGAUCAGAAAGAGAAACCAUUGUAAUGAUCAGAUAGAGAAACCAUUGUAAUGAUCAGAUAGAGAAACCAUUGUA